AUGAAUUUCGCUUGUCGUGAACAUGUGCUAGAUUGGGUCCAAAAUGAAGCUAGUAAACUUGGAUUCGGCAUUGUGAUAGCAAGGUCCAACAAUGGCACUAGUAGGAGGAAAGCUUUUGUUAUGUUGAAUUGUAAGAGGGGUGGGAAGUAUGUACCAACAACCCGGUUGUUAAAACAUGAUGACACGGGAUUGAGAAAGCGUGUAUGUGCGUUUAAGUUGCGCGUAACCCGUAGGAUUGAUGAUUUAUGGCUUUUUAGCGUCAUUUGUGGACUUCAUAAUCACGCAUUGGAAUCUAAGCUACACGGACAUCCAAAUGCGUGUCGGUUGUCUCGCGAAGAGAAUGAUGCUAUUUCGGAAUUAUCGAUAAUCAAAGUUGCUCCGAGAAACAUACUUGCUGAUUUGAAGCAAAAAAAAAAAAGAUAG